AAAAAGUCAAGAAAUUAAAAUCAAGAAAAAAUUCUUCUAUUUUUCUUCAUAGCUAUGCUUCUUAAUAGGGAUAAUGCUAGGUUUGCUGUUGGUGUUAUUGGGAAUAUCAUUGCACUCAUCUUGUUCUUGUCACCCUUGACGACUUUCGUUCGUAUAUGGAAAAGCAAGUCUGUGGAGCAAUUUUCUCCAAUUCCAUACCUAGCCACAUUUAUCAAUUGUGGGCUUUGGGUGAUGUACGGUCUCCCAUGGGUCACACCUAACAGUCUUUUAGUUAUAACUAUUAACGGAACCGGUCUAGGCAUAGAGAUCGUGUACCUUACGCUGUUUUUAUUGUACUCGGAUCGUAAGCAAAGGACGAAAGUUAUUAUAAUCGUCAUCGUUGAGAUUAUUUUUGUUGUUGCACUUGGCUUUGUUGUUCUAACUUUUGUCCAUGAACCCAAGAAAAGGGCAGCCAUUGUUGGUAGCAUUUGCAUGGUGGGCAACAUUAUGAUGUAUGCUGCUCCUUUGUCCGUCAUGAAACUGGUGAUCAAGACCAAAAGUGUGGAGUACAUGCCUUUCUUCCUUUCACUUUUCUCAUUUCUCAAUGGUGUGAGUUGGACUUCUUAUGCCCUCAUCCGUUUUGAUGCCUACAUUCUUGCACCUAAUUCAAUGGGAACCCUUCUUGGGCUGGCCCAAUUGCUGAUUUAUGCUGCAUUUUACAAGUCCACUAAGAGACAGAUGGCAGCAAGAGAGGCUAAAGGAGAAAUGGUUAUGACUGAAAAGUCUGUUUCGGGUCGGGUGGCCCAAAACCCGAGAAAUGAUUCUAGAGUUUAAGUUUGGGGUUUCUGAAAGCCCAUUUAAUUUUUCUAUCUUGAUGUUUGGGC